CUAGCAAUCGUUAAUGGAAAAAUUUUCUUCGCACACGCGUGAAUUUCUAGUUGGUGAAAAGAAUUUGGUAAAGUAAUUGUAAAACGCUGUUCGGAACCUAAAUUAAUUUGUGACAGAGAGCAGAAAACCAAUUUACUUGCGUCCGUUGUCGGUUGUCCACAGAUUGUCGAAGAUUAGUCAUCUGGUAGAACUAGAUAGCAGAAUAAAAGCAUUGACUGAAAUAUUGCACCAUAAGGUUGCGUGUGCAGUGGUGAAAUCUGAUUCAUUGCUCGUAGAGAAAUAUCGAUCGAUCGAAACAGUAGUGCUAAGCGCUUGUGGAGCAGAAGCAGCUGGAGCCCCACGAGAAGAACACCAUGCAAGGUGUUUCAUUUCACAACAUUGCUAACGAAUUUGAUGUUCUACCGAGUACGAAAAACUGUGUAUCAUAUAAAUUUGCUACCAUAAGCAAAGGUACUUUCAUAGCAGCACCCAGUGUCGAUCAACACGGAAGAAGCGGGUUUUCUGUUCCUCCUCCGCCUCCGCAGCAUCAAGGGAGAAGAUCUUGAUUUUUGUGAACGGCUUGUGAUUUAAAGCUAAACUUUUACCCGAUAGAAGAGGUGUGUGCAGGUGUACCGAAGAGGGGACACAGAAAAAAAAGUUACGUCAAAACUGACCGUGUGCUAACAUCAGCUGAGAGAAGAAUAAUCCAAAUACCAUUCACGAAAUAAGCCAGUUCUGUUAGGGGGUGCAUAGAAAGAAGUGUAUUUAUAGUUAGACAAGUGAAUAGAGGAUUUUUUCGCUUUAUAAGUUCGAAUUUGGUUACUGUUUAAACUUAAAGUUGAAGGUUCCCGUUGGCUGCCAGAAACGUAUAGCCAGGAUGCCACGAAACCGGAAAAAGCAUUCGGUUAACAACGGCAAUUCGCACCACAACAACGAAUCCGACGACGAACUGUCGAACGACGCCGGCAGUGUAUAUUCGUACCAGUCGGAGAGCGGUAACGACACCUACAACAACAAUGGGGACGCCGAACCAACCGAACCCGGCAGUGGUCUGGAGAAGUACGAGGAAAAGUUGCUGCAGGCGAUCGAAAAUGCUUCCGACAAAUCGUUGCAAACACGCAUCAAUGCAUUUCAGGCUAUCAACGAAAUUCUGGUGCACCACUACAUACCGGACUUCAUCGAGGAUCGCAAGAUGACGCUGAUGGAUGCGAUUGAAAAGUCCAUCAAGAAGGGCAAAGGUUCGGAGCAGGCCUGGGCGGCCCGCAUCAUUCCACUACUGGUGAUUCAACUGGACGGUGCCGACGACAUUAACGGACUGAUUAAGGUACUGAAACCGGUUCUGUUGGCAACGGCACAGGACACGGCCGCUUCCUACGAUGCCCGGGCCAAGUGCUGUAUGGCUUUGGGACUGCUCAAUUUUCUUGCCUCCGACGAUCCGGGAGAUCUACUGCCAAUGAUGAAAGUUUUCGAGAGUAUCUUCUCCGGAAGUUACCUCAAAGGGGACAGCAGCCCGAGUACGGCCGGUGUAGAUGCGGCUACGCUGCACAGUUCGGCUCUCAGCGCUUGGGCCCUUCUGCUGACACUGAUCCCGUCGGGUGAUUUGGUGACUUUAAUUAACAGUAACAAUGCACUGAUCCCGUCAAUCAAAAAGCUAACCGGAAUGCUACAGAGUCCUCAUUUGGAUGUGCGAAUGGCUGCCGGCGAAACGUUGGCACUGAUUCUGGAGAGCGGUCGAUCGCACGAUGAAGAUUUUCUCAACGAUGAGUUGAACGAUUUGAUUGAAGCUACACAGAAACUGGCGACCGAUGCUCACAAAUACCGAGCCAAGCGGGAUCGCAAGGUUCAGCGAGCGACGUUCCGCGAUGUUCAUCGGUACCUGGAGGAAGACAUCUCGCCGGAAAUCUCGAUUAAAUUUGGUAAGGAGACACUACUGCUGGACACGUGGUCCCUUCAUCAUCAGUACAUCUGCCUCCGGAAUGCACUCGGUUUCGGCAUGAAUGUGCAUCUGGCAGAGAACGGAUUCUUGCGCGAUGUACUCCAGCUGGGUGCAAAAAUGGACGAUCUCGAGCGUAACUCGAAGAUGGCCAAGGCCGAGAAAAAAUUCAUCAAUGCGGCCGCUUUCAAGGCGCGUUCCAUCAACAGGGGCAAAAACCGUGACAAACGGUCGGCUGUUAUCAACUAAUUUGAAAUCCCGCCUCUGGUGGAAGAGAGCCACCUGCCAUGGCUGCUGUAAAUAGGUGUUAUUUCGUUAAUUUUUUCUUCAUUAUUCUCUUUUUUGGCUCUUUUUUCCUAUACAUUUCGUUAGCUAGAUAACCCAAUCCAAUUUUGCACAAUUCGUGAUGGAAACAGGUGUACUCGAUGUUUAUACACAUCCUGUUUGAUUAGAUUUUUAGUUAACUGAAUAAAUUGCAAGGUAUAUUAGAGAAAAAACAACGCAAAAAAGCAUGUUCGGUUCAGGAAUCUGGACUUCGAUGUCCACUAAUGAUAUGACACAAUCUGUCGUAAAUUAUACCCCCGUAUAGUCAACCGUUGUAAUUGUCGAUUUAAAACAAUAUAAUCAAAUAUUCAUGAAUUAAACAAAUUGUGAAUUGUUCUAGUAAAUAUCCAAUUGCGUGUAGAGGUUUUGUGUAGUAAUAUUACAUACCGGCUAGAAUCAUGUAUUAAAUUGAGCAAUCCCUAAAAUCAAAA